AUGAGCCCACCGAACCUACCAGCGGCGGGCGACCCCGACGAUCACGGUGACAUGGCAUCUACGCCUCCUCUACCACCGUCAUCAACGUCGAUCCACACCAUCGACGUCGCCUCCGCUACCUCCGUCACGCUCACCAAAGAGCAAUUCGACGAGCUGAUUAGGAACCAGCGCCCCGCACCCGCACAGGACGACGACGCACUCUCCAUGCGUCAGCUACUCCCCCCAGUCAACCCCCCGGUCUUCCCACACGACUCGACGUGA